UGGUCAUAUCCAUUAACUCUACAUAAAUUAUUAUUGUAUUAAUAUUGAAAAUAAUAGGUAGCCCUGGAGAAUUUUUACAAUUUCAAUCUGGCCCUCUGACCUUGAAAAAUUCCUCACAACAACUCGAGAUUAUAUAAGACAGCAACAAUUGUUUGGCCAAAAUAAGGACAAGAUAUUCAAGAUGGCAAACUCAUAUCAUAAAGUGCAAGCCUCAAGUGGUUGAGGACACUCACAAGAUCAGUUGCAGCAGUACCCUCCACUACAUCAUACGUUAUCAGCAAGGCUUGUCUGCUUAUAGACAACUCAAGUUUUACUGCAGAUUCCCAGUCAAGUUCAUAGCUACAUUUUUCAGAAGAGACUCAGUGUCCAACAUUCUCAAUCACCCCCUUCGUCUUGAGUUGAAAGUUGACAGAGGAGUACUGUAACUUGAUUUAAAUGAAGAUGGCUUACUCGAGGUUCCUCAAUGAUAUUGGCAAGAGAUCCGAAGGGUCUUCCAUUAGGAAGCUUUAUGAUAUGGAAAUGAACGACAUGAUAAGUCUCGGGGCAGGAAAGCCCAACCCAGCCACUUUCCCACUAUUGAGUGGGAGCCUGAAGAUGCCUGGAGAAGAACAGCUCACCCUUACUCCAGCCCUCUUGAACUUCGCCCUCCAGUACAGUAAGACUGACGGUUAUCCACCCCUAGUGGAGAAGCUCAAGUCCCUGACACUGAGGCUACACAACCCACCCCGCUGGCAAGAUACCAGACUGAUAGUGACUUCUGGCAGCCAGAACGGCGUGCAUGCAGCCCUCAGCCUGAUGAUGAAUGUCGGAGACUACGUCAUUAUUGAGGAGCCUAACUACUGUGGAACAAUCUCUAUAUUUCAGCAGUUUCUGCCCAAGUGGUUACCAGUGGCUGUUGACAACUUAGGCAUGAGGCCAGAUGCUCUGAGGGCUUUACUCUCCCGCUGGAGGCCAGAAGAUGUGUGUCACACUACUACUGCUGUGCCCAAGAUUCUCUACACGGUUCCAAUUGGGAGUAACCCCAAUGGUGCAGUGGUGAGUGAAGCCCGGCGACGUGAAAUCUAUGCCAUCGCCAGUGACUAUAACAUCAUUAUCCUCGAGGACGACCCCUACUACUUCCUCAACUAUACUGAUGACGAAGCACUUCCGGCCAGUUACCUCAGUAUGGACACAGAUGGCCGUGUUCUCAGGUUCGAUUCCUUCUCCAAGACGAUAGGUGGCGGGCUACGUGUUGGUUAUGUCACUGGACCCGAGCCUCUUGUUAGGAAAAUCCUAUAUCACCUACACGUGUCCAUCAUGCAUACCUCUGGUUUGUCACAGGUGGUGAUCAAUGAGCUGCUGGAGCGCUGGGGAGAAGAUGAGUUCAUCUCACGCACGCUCCUACUUGCAGCUCUUCUACCGCAGCAAGAGAGGAUGACAUGGUCGCUGCCGCCAACAAGUACCUAAAGGAUUUGUGCGAGUGGUCUGUGCCAAGUGGUGGAAUGUUCUUGUGGCUGAAGGUUAAGGGCAUCACAGAUGCAGACAAAUUGCUACAUAAUGAAGGAAGAGUGAGGAAGGUGUCUGCAGUUCCUGGAUGUACAUUCAUGACAGAUGAAAACAAGCCUUGCCCAUAUAUGAGGCUCUCCUUCUCCUUUGUCUCCAAGGAGAAAAUGGAAGUGGGAAUUCAGAGAAUUGCUCUAGCUAUCAAAGAUUAUCACCAGAACAAACAGUAAGUAAAACACGCAGCUAACGACUACAAAAAAUAUCCAUGGCAGCAGUCUUGGGCAGAAUUCAAUGAUACAGUAAAGGAAGGUAUAUACAGUAUGUAAAUAAUGGUGCUGUACACUAUCAGGAGCUGCCCAAUACAACGACAAGAAAGUCAACGAAAUUUGCAGAAGACUAACUUUUGUGCCGACUAAGCUGUACCCGAUUAACUUUGGAUCAAUAAACUGUAACUUCAGCAUUAUUUACUGUUACUACU